GAGAUAAAAGCAGACCACGGAUCAUCCUCUCCUGCAUGUUGACUUGCAGAUCUUUGGGGCUUUGUCUCAUUACGACAGCAGGCUCUUCAUUCACUUCCUCCAGCUCAGCGUGUUUGGUUGUCGUCGGUGACGCUGUUGCUAGGCACCGUAGAUGGCUGAACACGUUCAGCUCUCCAUAGCGUUGUGCAGGAUUGCCUUUUACACGUGUUUCCGAAAGCUGUGCUGUAGAGGUCCUCCCUCUCCUAGACCAGAGUAUGAUGUGGUGUGUAUUGGACUCAGCGGUGCUGGCAAAACCAGUCUCAUUUCCCGGCUCUGCAGCGAAGGUCUCGAUGGAAUUGUACCCACUGCAGGUUUCAGCAUCAAGGCAGUGGCUUUCCCCAACGCAGUACUGAAUGUGAAGGAACUUGGAGGGGCAGACAAUAUCAAGAAGUACUGGAGCCGCUACUACCAAGGCUCCCAAGGAGUGGUAUUUGUUCUUGACAGUACUGUUUCCGAUGAGGAGAUGGAAGCUUGCCGAUCUGAGCUCCAUUUGGCCCUGCAGCACCCUCAGCUCUGCACACUCCCCUUCCUCAUCCUUGCCAACCACCAAGAUUCACCAGCUGCCCGUUCUGUCCCAGAGAUAAAGAAGUAUUUGGAAUUGGAGCCACCGGCAAGAGGGAAGAGAUGGAUCCUUGAGGGCAGCUCAAUAAACAACAUGGAGGCUGUGAGGUUGAGCUUCAGGCAGCUCAUCAGCCUUUUGGAAGAGAAGGAGCUGCAAAGCGUCAGGAUAUGAUUCGGGACACAAGAAGAAAACCAAAAAACGAAACAAUUGUCCAUAUAGACAAAACAAUGAGGGAGUGCUGUUCAUCUGAAGGAGAUGUUUUAUUUUGUUUUACCUCUCCUUCAAAAGAUGUUGUUCUUUAUCACUGGACAGAAAAGACAUUGACCCUUAAACACAGUCAUCGCAAACUUGAGGUCCGGGAUCAGAUGUUUUCAUAAAAAAAUUAAUCAAGAAGAGAUUUUUGUCAGUAGCCAAGCAAAUUUCUAUCAAAUCAAUAGGUGUAUAUGUACAUGUAUAGUGUCUUUUAAUGUAAAACUUUAAGGUACAGCAAUUUAAUACUCUAUAACAUGUUUUGUUGUUUAAAAGUAAAGCAUUUUUUGUAUUUCCAAAUAUUAUUUUUGUCACCUGAUUUAUGCAUAUAGGAGAGUACAUUAAGUCGUGUCACUGCACCUCUGUGUUCAUCGUUAGUAUUUUAUAUGUAAUUAUAAUAAUCUCUUCCCUUAAGAUGUUUAUAUACAGGCGUCUUUGGUGAUACUGUUAAUUUUGCUGUUUCCUGAGAUGACACACCCCUUUACUAGGGAAUGCCUGGGCUGUUUCAGGUUUGGUCUGGAAUACAAACUCUAUCAAUCAGUGGCUACAACAGCUGCAUUUGACAAGUCCCUGUCCACUAGUCUAAUGCCUUCCAACUGUCUAUGCGGACCCCUCCCCGUCUGCCACCUCGUUUCCUGGCCCGCCACUUUCUGAGCACCCUAACCCGAUGCUUCCCAACAGUAUUAUCCGAAUCACUCUCUGUAAAUUUAGAUUACUGUCUCUCUCCGAAGUGUGAUAUUUUAUGUCUCACAGGUGUCUCUUUAAAAGAUCUACAUCAGAGUUGUUCCUCAUAUGAGCACAGGCAUGUUAAACACUGCGCUAAUAACAGCUCUAACCAUGUCAUGUUUAUGUAAGACAUUUACAUUUGCGAUUCUUCUUUCAGCCUGAAUGAAAGUUCAGCUGAUAAAAUACGGCUAACUGAUAAAACAUUCACCACAUCGUUUCGUUUUUUUUCCACGGAUAUCUUUUUGUGCGUGUCAGAUUUAUUUGUCGGUUUCAGUAAAAAAAACCCCCGCCAUUUUUAACAAAAUUUAAAGAUGUACACUACUAGGAAAUAUUUUGCAAAUUUUAAUUAGAAGGAAAAAGCCUAACGAAAACUAUUACAGAACUCUACAGCAGUCACUACUGCUUUCCUUUAAUAUUGUGUAACCCGUUUAUCAUCAAUAAUAAUCUUACAUUUCUUAAAGAAAAUAAACCUCUAAGCCAUUUUCCAUUUUGGAAAUCUAUGCUUCUCAUCACCUUCCCAUCUAAACUGACUGUACCCAAAUUUCCUAGACCUUGCAUAGAUAAGAACCCAACCUCCUGAUCUACACUACCUCCACUGCAUCUUUUUUUUCUUCUUCUUCUUCUUUCCCUCCCUUUUCAAAUUGCCCAUGUUGCUUUAAUACAAUGUGUGUCACACAGGUUGCCCUAGCGACUCUUUGAUCCAGUUUUCCGCCCUCCCCUACGUCUGUGGCUGACGUGCCUCUCCAGUCUGCUGCCUGAGAAAGACCUGUGCCCCUUUCCCUCUUUCGCUCUCUCUUUCGGUCUGCUUCCCUUUGGUCACGCCGAAAGAGCCCACCCUCAAAGCGGAGGAGGUGCAUCGAGACAGCCUCAACCUGCUGGAGAGAACACACGAGGGCCCUUCUCUUCCCCUGGUGAGGCACAGUGUGACCAUGUAAACAGGAUCGUGAGACCCUUGCACCAUCAUUUCAUUUUCUCGCAAUCUGUAUUUACGUUAUUUUUGUUAACAUUACGAAUUGUAGUUAUAUCUACAGAUUUUAUGAAAAAUUUGGUGGGGAAGAAUUUAUCGAUACUAUAUGUCCAUAUAUUCUGGAAAUCAUUGUAGAAGAGAUACCAGGUGACAAAAUAUUAAAAUCCGGCUUCAAAAAUAUUCAAGAACUAAUAUAUAACACCAAACCUACAUCUGAAUUUUAACCAACUUCAACCUGUGGUCUUGUCGUGUAAACUGGCUAUGCACCCGAUUUAAUAACAUCCAUCGAAUAUGAGGGUGAGAUAAUAUGUAAAAUAUCUACUCAGUGUUAUUAUCCACACUGGGGAUUAUCAUUAAAACACCCUUCAUGAUGAGCACCACUUGCUUUAACUGUAUUUGCAUUUCAUUUUAUCGCUGGCACCAGCUUUGUCUAGACAGAACUUAUUUUUAGAAGUCACUUUGCAUUUGAAUUCAGCAGCACCAGCGCAGUGAUUUUUCUCUCAUUAGGACCUUUGGAAAUAAGGGAUAGGCAUUUCUCUUUGAUGCCAAUUUAAAGACUUGGGCUCUUUUCCCAGUUGUGUUUACCCAAAGGCAAGGUUACCCCCCUCCCAAAUGAGGCUAUCUGAAAUGGUAAUGCAUGACUCUUGAGGGAAUCUUUCUUUGUUUACAAAAAAAACAAAAAUGGCAAAAGAAAUGGUGGAUGUUUUUGCUCUCCCUCCUUCCAUCAGUGCUGUAAUCCCCAGCUUUCACAACCUGUUGAUGGGACUCACCCCUGUGGAAAUGCAACAGAUGUUCCCCUGACAUCCAUCUGGUCCUUGUGAUCCUUUCUCUUCCCUUUUUUUUUUUUUUUUUUUUUGAGCGACAUCCUGUUCUUUUCCAUCUUUUUCUGUUUACAGUUUCCUAUGAUGCUUGGCCUUGUUGAGUAUCUGAUCCUUUAUACAGUGAGUGUCCUUUGAAUCACAGGAUUAAAAAUAAGCAAUCAAGACCUUCUCACCCGAGCCGAUCUUGACAAGAUGUUUUCGAACAAAAGCCAACCAGUAAGCCGUUGUUUGUGUUCACAUAUUUUUGUUGUGAUGCAUGGGGGUGUAUUUACACGUGACCGAGGUUCAUUUAAAUCCGUUUGCCUAAGCAUGCCAGGGUUCCUCAGCAUGGCACCCCCCUCCGGGUAAACCAAACAACAUUUGGGAGGUAUCUGCUGCAGGGGGAGGCACUGAUAAGGUGAAUGUAAACUUUAAGCACUAAUGUAUUAAAACUGUAGCUACACACUAGUUGUUUCCAGGAUCUAUUGUAUGGAUCUCAUACACAUCACAACACCUUAAGCCCUACUAGGCCCAGUGCCUCAAUGUAGAAUAAUCGCGAUAUAUAUAUCUAUAUAUAUGGUAACGUAUAUGACCUGAAUGAUCAUACAAUCGAUACUGUAAGUAGCGUAUCUUAUUUAUGGAAUAUUAUUUAUGGAAGUUUUACACUACAUCAGCACCAUGUCCAAGCGAAUUGCUGAUAAAUAGUUUUGAUAAUAGUUAUGAAUUAAUAGUCAUUAAAAAUCUAUAAAUACAAAAAAAAACAAACAUCCAAUUUGCCAUGAGUUACACGCACUUAAGUGCAAUUUAUUCAUGUCAGUUAUUCAUCCUUUAUCUCUAUCAACUCUUUCAUUUUAUUUGCUGGAUUUUUUUUUUAGACUUUGUGUAUUUAAUGUAUUUUAUGUAUUUAAUUUAAUAGCUAAUGCCACUGUUUCAUUUUGCACAGCUAUUUCAGCUUCAUCUUAGUUUAUUUUAUCUCAUUUUUAUUGUUAUCCGAUUUAUUUCAUUGUAUUAUAUUCUAUUUUCAUUUUUUUUUAAAUGACCUUACUCUAUAGAAUUACAUUUUUAAUAAAAGGUACAGUCGUAAAUUUGUACGAUAAGUUGUAUGAUUGUGUAUGUGAUGAAUACAAUUUGAAUUAGAAUGUUGAGUAUUUUCUGAAAUUCAUCACACCACCACAUUCUCAAGCACGCUCAUGCAACCGGUUGCAGAAGUUUGUGCCUGGUUCUGCGGCUGCUUUGUAGAUUUUCAGUCUCUCUUCCUGUCUCUCUUUUCCCCUCAACAUGCGACAUGAUGAUGGAGAUGUGCAUCCCAGGUGGCCUCCUCAUCAAAACACAAGAGAUUCGACUUCUUAUUUCGAGCAAACAUCACUCACUCUCUUUGUUUGCCAAAGGAAAAUAUGCGGCAGGCAUUUGUCCCGAGAGAAUUGAUCUUCCCGUGUCACCUACCAAAAACCGGUCUUUGCCUCCUGCCGUCACAGAAAGCUAUCAGUCAAGAGGGUGUGAGUGUGAGGUCUGUUGAAAAAGACUGUCCAGUAGUGGUCAUUACUGCCAUUGUAUAUCACUAACGCAUGCUGAAAGAUGCUCUAAUGACUUUGCUCUAAGCUGAUAUCCAGACACAGUGGAAAAUAUUGUACGGCGCUUUCCGUGUCAUAUUUUCCAAAAGUCUUCCAAAAGUGAUUGAACGUUUCGGACUGUAUUCCUCUUAAAAAGUGUGACCUCUGUCUACUUUGCCUUGUGUACAUAUUUUACACUUUCCAUUCUUCUUCCUAACAUCCUUGUUUAAGGUUGUAGUGAUAACAGUUUAUGUGAAGUGACU